AUGGAGCAGACUGCACAGCUGAAGAAGAUCGGAGUCAGUAUGGAGCUGAACACGGGAGAACAGCUGGAGAAAGAACAAAAACAGAUUUACUGGUACACACGUGUGGCUAAUCUCUACAACUACAAACUCCACCGUCACAGACGCUCAGUUGAUUUGCUCCAAAAAUACCUUCAUAGAACGACAGACGGAGAUCAGUCUCUUCUGAAAUGUGAUGAACACACCGUCUCUCUGAAGUUAAAGGAGGUGAUCAACUGCACACAGUCAGACUGUCACUGUGAUUGCUUCCGGCCCAGACGUCAUCACAUCAGGUCAUGUGAUCGCUGCACACACGGCUGGGUCACCCACGCUGUUGGUAAGGUGUGCAGUCAGGCUGCUGCUGUGUGUUCAGGGCAGGUGGAGAUCGUUCAGAGUCACGUGGUGUUUGACAUCAGUAGUCUGAUUCUGUAUGGGACGCAGGCACUUCCUGUGCGGAUGAAGAUCCUGCUGGACCGUCUGUUCAGUGUGCUCACUCACACACAGGUGCUCAAUAUCAUACACACACUCGGCUGGACACUGCGGGACUAUGUGAGAGGAUAUAUGCUACAGGACUCUAUGGGGAUGGUUCUGGAUCGCUGGGUGACCAUGACCCCAGAAGAUGAGGUUGUGACCCUGCAACAGUUUUUGCGUUUUGGUGAAACAAAAUCCAUCGUAGAGCUCAUGGUUGUCGAGGAACAGCGGAUCCACUCAGAAACUCCAGACCGAGUCUCCAAAGCAGCCGGUAUUGAUUCUGACAUCUGCGCAUACGUUGAGAGCAACAGUCUCCAUCGCAAACCGAGAGAUCAGUCGCCCCAUGGCCUGCAGCACUUUGAGAAUCUCCCAGGAGGAAAUCUCAUGUUCCUUCAACCCUUUCACUACAUCAGGCCGUCCACAACCCCUCUGUUUCACUCCCGACAAACUCUCACAGUGGAACGUCAUCCUGCAACCCAACAACUGCAACGCCUCGGACUGAACAAACAGAGCCAGUCUGAGAUAACAUCGGAGCUCAGAGGAACCAGAAACAGAGGACGAAAUGUGGACAAGGCAACUGGGAAGACCAACAAAACCUCCAUCAGGUCACCAAAAUACUCCCAUGAUGAACAUCGAGUUGGUGACCUCAACACUCCUGUUCGAUUGGUGGAAGUCAACUCCUCAGUUCCUGAUUCUUCCUCCUCGGUCACGCGGGAACGCCAGUCAGGUUCGUCCUUGAGUAAGGGCCGAGUGAACUGCAACACGUGCGCAAAGACGUUUUACGACAAAGGAACACUGAAGAUCCACUUCAAUGCCGUACACUUGAAGAUCAAACACCGCUGUACCAUUGAGGGCUGCAACAUGAUGUUCAGUUCUCUGCGCAGUCGAAACAGACACAGCGCAAACCCAAACCCGCGGCUGCACGCUUCGGUGCAGCACACAACGCAGCCGUCCAUCCAGCCCAGGCGGGUUAAGAUGUUCGUCACUCAACCCUUCACGAACACCCCUGUCGCACCCCUCCGUAGGACGUCCACUCCACCUGUUUCCAUGUCAACACAUCCUUUGGUUUCCACGGCAACCAACAACACCGUAAUGACUGGCCAACUGGAACAUCAAAGUGGCUCUGGGUCAGGAGGAGGGGCUACAGGGCAUCUCAUAGCCAAUCGGAAUGGCCUCAAUGAAAUGAUUGACAUGAUACCUAAAAAGAAGCCACGCAAGUCCAGCAUGCCGUUGAAGAUUAAGCGAGAGAAUCGUCAUGAUGACCUCGAUGAUGAUGAUGGACUUUUAAAACUCCCAAUAAAUGAACAGAUAAACAGUCGCUUCACAGUGUUGCAAAGACAAUCGAUCAAUAGUCUCCGUGGCAACAAACACCAUUCUAUCAACAAUCCCAUCAGCUACAGUGUAUCAGGUCAUGACAGUUACAACAGUGAUCUAUAACCGGCACUCAUUCACA